AUGGCAGAACCCGGAGAGGCACAAGAAAGCCCAGAUCAUCAACCCUCCAACAACCAAACAAGCACCCAAACCCCCAUCCCACACUCCCUCCAAGACUACAACCUCACCCACCCCAUCACCUCCCCAACCGGCCUGCGCUCUGGCCUCACCAACUACGGCGACCCUCACUUCUCCCUCUUCCUCCGCAAAGUCUUCAUCAAAGCCGCCGGCUACAGCGACGAUGCGCUCUCCCGCCCCAUCAUCGGCAUCAUCAACACGGGCUCAAGUUACAAUCCUUGCCACGCCAACGUCCCCCAAUUGAUUGACGCCGUCAAGCGAGGCGUGCAGUUGCAUGGGGGGUUGGCGGUGGAGUUUCCGACGAUCAGUUUGCAUGAGAGUUUUAGUAGUCCGACGAGUAUGUUUUUGAGGAAUCUUAUGAGUAUGGAUACGGAGGAGAUGAUUCGGGCGCAGCCGAUGGAUUCGUGUGUUAUGAUCGGAGGCUGUGAUAAGACGAUUCCUGCUCAGCUCAUGGGCAGCAUCAGUGCGAACAAGCCUGUGAUCAGUCUGGCGACUGGGCCGAUGAUGCCGGGGUCUUUCGGAGGGCAACGGCUUGGUGCUUGCACUGACUGCCGCAACAACUGGGCUGCAUAUCGGGCUGGCGAGCUCGAUAUCGAAGACAUCAAUGGCAUCAACAAUGAGCUAGCACCCACCAUCGGAACAUGCGGUGUCAUGGGCACUGCCUCAACAAUAGCUUGCGUGACGGUGGCACUCGGCCUGAUGCCCAUAAGCGGUGCCACCGCGCCUGCUGUCUCUUCCGCGCGACUGCGAGUUGCCGAAGAGACAGGCUCUAUUGCCGUCGCAGUCGCUGCGCAUCUGGAAGAGCGUCGCCCACAGACCAUCCUCUCCCGAGAGUCGUUCUUGAAUGCGAUCAUCGUACUACAGGCCAUUGGAGGCUCGACCAAUGCCGUGGUGCAUCUCAUGGCCAUCAUUAACCGGCAUCCUGAUGUGGCGGGAACCAUCACACUCAAGACUUUCGAUGAAAUCGGUAGGAAGACACCGCUGCUGGUUGAUCUCAAGCCCAGUGGUGACAAUUAUAUGAAUGACUUCCACAAUGCCGGUGGAAUGUUAGCCCUGCUUCACACGCUUCGACCUCUCCUGUUCCUCGAAGCUAGGACGAUAGCGGGUAAGACACUUGGUGAGACGCUCGACGCCACUCCGUUCAAGACGUUCCAAUACUCCAAGGACCUCAUCAGGCCGCUAUCGAAUCCACUGUAUCCUGCUUCAGCUCUGGUGGCGCUAUAUGGUAACUUGGCGCCUAGAGGGGCGAUCCUCAAGGCAGCAGCUUCGAAAGAUCGCCGCCUGCUCGAAUUCGAAGGUCCUGCUGUAGUGUUCGAGAACACCGCAGAUCUUGCUCAGAGGAUAGACAGCGAGGAGCUUGAAGUUACCAAGGACUCAGUGCUGGUGCUCAAGGGUAUUGGUCUGAUCGGCAACCCUGGAAUGCCAGAAGCCGGAGUGAUACCUAUACCGAGAAAGUUGAAAGGUGUGAAAGACAUGCUUCGACUGUCGGAUGGUCGAAUGUCAGGAACGGCAGGGGGUACGAUAGUACUCCACAUCUCACCUGAAGCUGCCAUUGUUGACUCGCCAUUCGGGAUCUUGAAGAGCGGCGACACGGUAAGGUGUAGCUUGGAAAAGAGGUUGCUCGAAGUAGACCUCUCUGAGGAGGAGAUUGCUCGACGAGUUUCUGAACGAUUGACAGCACUUCAGUCGAGUGGCCAGCAAGUGAAUGACAAACGCGUUACCGGCAAGAAGCGCGGGUAUCGUGGCUUGUAUGAAUCUUCGGUCAACCAAGCAGAGGAGGGAGGUGAUUUCGACUUUUUGACGGCAAGAUAUACAGACGGCUAG